AUGGCCCAAGAUGGUCUACUGUCCGCUGACGAACUCGAACUCCGAGCGCAGGGCCACAAAGGAGAGCUUCCGCGACAGUUCUCUACUCUUUCGACCCUUGCCAUCGCCUUCCUCUUGACGAGCGCAUGGAUUGGAUACUCAGCGACUUUCCCGUACCCUUUGUGGGCUGGCAGUGGGCCAUACGUGUUUUGGGGCCUAAUCGUCGCCACGGUCGCUUGCUCCAUCAUCACUGCAGGACUGGCGGAGCUGAGUUCGGCGUAUCCCUCGACUGGAGGACAAUACCAUUUCGCAUUUAUGGUCUCAUGCGAGAAGACUCGGGCGAGCGUUGCCUUCGUGAUGGGAUGGCUCUCAGUCAUCGCGUAUUGUCUCUUCACCGCCAGCGCCACGAUCGUGUGUGCUCAGAUCACGGCCGCCAUCGCCGGUUUCUGGCAUGAAGACUAUGUCGCGACUCAAUGGCAGGUCUACCUGAUGUACGUCUUGUACCAGGCACUCGCAACAGCCGUCGUCGUGCUCCUUCCCAAGCAGCUACCCAAAACGGAGAUCAUGUUCUUCUUCAUCAGUGUUUCUGGCUGUAUCGUAUUCUUUAUCACUGUCCUCGCCGCCAGCCCAACGAAACAGCCCGCCAAGGUCGUGUUUACCGAAGUUGUCAACGUUACUGGGUGGGGUGACGGGGUUUCUUUCAUUCUGGCAGUGGGAACGUGCAUGUACGCAUACAUUGCCACUGAUGGUGCAUCACACAUCGCCGAGGAACUCCCAAACCCUGGCAAAGGUGUCCCGAGAACGAUGAUGCUCAGUCUUACCAUAUCAGCCAUCAGCGUCAUUCCCUGGACAUUGGCAUUCAUGUUCUCAACCAACGAUCUCGACGCUGUUGCCUCUGCACAGCUUCCCAUUCUCGAGGUCUACUACCAAGCGAUGGACAACCGGUCGGGUGCCACAUUCUUCGCUGUGUGGCUCCUUGUCAUCUACUUCGGCUCCGUCGUCAGUGUCGUGGCGGCCACCGGGCGUCUGACUUGGGCUUUUGCGCGUGAUAACGGCCUCCCUUGCUCACCUACCUUGGCGAAGAUCCACCCCAAGCUCCAAAUGCCUGUCAAUGCCACAAUCGCGUCGAGUAUAGCUGUCGGCAUUUACGGUGUGAUCUACGUGGGAUCCACGAAUGCCUUUAACAGCUUCAUCUCGAUGUCGAUCCUCUCCCUCAACGUCACUUAUGCGAUCCCGCAAGGCAUUGUCCUCUGGCGUGGGCGAGACAAAGUUCUCCCAUCAACACGACAAUUUAAUCUGGGAAAGAUUAUCGGUCCCUUCUGCAACAUCUUCUGCGUGCUUUGGGUCUCCUUGUACACAGUAUUGUUCUGUCUCCCAACGUUCUUGCCAGCUGAGGCCUCUGAUAUGAACUAUGUUUCGGUUGUUGUGGCAGGUUGUGCCUUGAUCAUUGUGGUCAUGUGGUUCACUGGAAAGAGGAAGACGUUUACAGGACCGGUAAGUUUUUGUCUUUCGCCUCUGGAUCGUGAGAAGUGGUACUGA